GAAGGAGACAAACAACAAAAUGAACAAUCCAGCUAUUAAGAGAAUAACAAAUGAAAUAAUCAAAUCACCUGAGGAUAAACGAGAAUAUCGUGGACUGGAGUUGGCAAAUGGCAUUAAAGCUCUUCUCAUUAGCGACCCCACCACAGAUAAGUCUUCAGCAGCGCUUGAUGUGCACAUAGGAUCAUUGUCUGAUCCCCCCAACAUUGCUGGGCUUAGUCAUUUUUGUGAGCAUAUGCUGUUCCUGGGAACCAAGAAAUAUCCAAAAGAGAACGAGUAUAGCCAAUUUCUUAGUGAGCAUGCCGGGAGCUCAAAUGCUUUCACAAGUGGCGAACAUACCAACUAUUAUUUCGAUGUGUCACAUGAACAUCUAGAAGGUGCUCUAGACAGAUUUGCCCAGUUUUUCCUGUGCCCUUUGUUUGACGAAAGCUGCAAAGACAGGGAAGUGAAUGCUGUUGAUUCUGAGCAUGAGAAGAACCUGAUGAAUGAUGCCUGGAGGUUGUUUCAAUUGGAGAAGGCUACUGGAAACCCCAGUCAUCCCUUCAGUAAAUUUGGAACAGGGAACAAACUCACUCUGGAAACUAGACCAACCAAAGAAGGAAUAGAUGUAAGACAAGAGCUGUUGAAGUUCCAUUCUACUUAUUAUUCAUCAAAUUUAAUGGCUAUUUGUGUCUUAGGAAGAGAAUCAUUGGAUGAGCUGACUUGCUUAGUGGUAAAGUUAUUCUCAGAAGUAGAGAAUAAAAAUGUCCCUAUACCAGAGUUUCCUGAACACCCUUUCCAAGAACAACAUCUCCGGCAACUUUACAAAGUGGUACCUAUAAAGGACAUCAGAAAUCUUUAUGUCACAUUUCCUAUACCAGACCUUCAGAAGUACUAUAAAUCAAACCCUGGCCAUUACCUUGGUCAUCUGAUUGGGCAUGAAGGCCCCGGGAGUCUUUUAUCAGAGCUUAAAGCCAAAGGAUGGGUAAAUACUCUUGUUGGAGGACAGAAGGAAGGAGCUAGAGGUUUCAUGUUUUUCAUCAUUAAUGUGGACUUGACAGAGGAAGGGCUUUUGCAUGUUGAAGAUAUUAUUUUGCACAUGUUUCAAUAUAUUCAAAAACUACGUACAGAAGGACCUCAAGAAUGGGUUUUCCAAGAGUGCAAGGAUCUAAAUGCUGUGGCAUUCAGAUUUAAAGAUAAAGAACGACCACGAGGUUAUACAUCAAAGCUUGGAGGAAUGUUGCAUUAUUAUCCUAUAGAAGAAGUACUGGCUGCUGAAUAUUUGCUUGAAGAAUUCAGACCUGAUUUAAUAGACAUGGUACUGGAUAAAUUGAGACCAGAAAAUGUUCGAGUUGCAAUAGUUUCCAAGUCUUUUGAAGGAAAAACUGAUCGAACAGAAGACUGGUAUGGAACACAGUACAAGCAAGAAGCAAUUUCUGAUGAAGUUAUUAAGAAAUGGCAAAAUGCUGACCUGAAUGGGAAAUUUAAGCUUCCAAUGAAGAACGAAUUUAUUCCUACUAACUUUGAGAUUUUGCCAUUGGAAAAAGAUGCGACACAGUACCCUGCCCUUGUCAAGGACACAGCUAUGAGCAAACUAUGGUUCAAGCAAGAUGACAAAUUUUUUCUGCCAAAAGCUUGUCUCAACUUUGAAUUUUUCAGCCCAUUUGCUUACGUGGAUCCCUUGCAUUGUAACAUGGCCUAUUUGUACCUUGAACUACUCAAAGACUCCCUCAACGAGUAUGCAUAUGCAGCAGAACUAGCUGGCUUGAACUAUGAUCUCCAAAAUACCAUCUAUGGGAUGUAU